GGCGUCAGGACGGGGGCGGGGCUCCGCCUCGGACCUACCUGCUUCGCCCGGGAGGGGCGGAGGCUGCGAGCCUCGGAACCGCGCCCAUCUCCUUUCUCUCUUCCCCGAGCCCUUGGAGCCAGUCGGGGGAAGCGGCAUGGAGGGGAGGUCUGCUGAACCUUGGGACCUGGAGUUCGGGGUUCCGGGGGCGGGCGGAUGUGGGCUGCACUUGAGGACGGCGCGCUCCAGCCCCGCCAAGCCGACGGCGGAUCUGCCAUCCGCCAGGAGCUCAGCCACGUGGGCCCCCAGCCGACGGCAGCUCUGUCUGACCUUCCUGCUAGUCUGUGUUCUUUCAGCCGUCUUCUUCCUCCACAUCCACCAAGACCUGUUUCACAGUGGCCUAGACCUCACUGCCCUGUGUCCAGACCACCGCCUCCUGACACCCCCCGUGGCCAUCUUCUGCCUGUCGGGAUCACCGAUGGCCCCCAACACCUCCUUUCCCUGUCUCAAGCCCCCUGCCUCCCUCUCAGGAAUCUGGACUAUCUACCCAGACGGCCGCUUCGGUAACCAGAUGGGGCAGUAUGCCACGCUGCUGGCCCUGGCCCAGCUCAACGGUCGCCAGGCGUUCAUCCUGCCCGCCAUGCAUGCCGCCCUCGCCCCCGUGUUCCGCAUCACCCUGCCCGUGCUGGCCCCCGAGGUGGACGGCCACAUGCCAUGGCGGGAGCUGCAGCUGCAUGACUAGAUGUCGGAGGACUAUGCCCACUUGGAGGAUGCCUUUCUGAAGCUCACGGGCUUCCCCUGCUCCUGGACCUUCUUCCACCAUCUCCGUGCCCAGAUCCGCCGCGAGUUCACCUUGCACGAACACCUGCGGCAGGAGGCCCAGGGUCUACUGAGCCAGCUCCGCUUGGGCUGCACGGGGGACCGUCCUCGCACCGUUGUGGGUGUCCACGUGCGCCGGGGGGACUACCUGCAAGUCAUGCCCCAUCGCUGGAAGGGUGUGGUGGGCGAUCGCGCUUACCUCCAGCAGGCUAUGGACUGGCUCCGGGCCCGGCACGAAGCCCCCAUCUUUGUGGUCGUCAGCAACGGCAUGGCCUGGUGUCGGGAGAACAUUGACGCCUCCCGGGGGGAUGUGAUCUUUGCUGGCGACGGGCAGGGGAAGGAUUUUGCGCUGCUCACGCAGUGUAACCACAGCAUCAUGACCAUUGGGACCUUUGGUUUCUGGGCUGCCUACCUGGCCGGUGGAGACACUGUCUACCUGGCCAACUUCACCCUGCCGAACUCCAACUUCCUUAAGAUCUUUAAGCCCGAGGCCGCCUUCCUGCCCGAGUGGGUGGGUAUUAAUGCGGACUUGUCUGCACUCCAGUCGCUGGCAGGGCCUUGAGCAGCAGGGGGACUUUCUGGAAUUGCUGAUCAGUCUUGGGCCAGCAUUUAUGCAUCUCCAGAGGCCUGGCAGCUUGGAGAGAAAAGAGGGCUUUCUGUAGCUGUCUGGACUUUCUAGAACCAGCAAAAGAUCUUUUCUUGUUGGUUGGCAAUGCCUAGAGAGGCUCAUGUCAGUUCUAGAAGGCAAUGCCUACCUGCUCUUCCCAGCCCAUAUCUGGAGUACUUCUAGAUGGCUGCACCCCAAGAACAGGCAACUCCCCCUUCUAAAGUUGCCCCUGGUCUUUUCUAGAAGAGAGGUUCAUCUCCAGGACUGAAGGAAUCUGUGGGUAUUCUAGAGCAAGCACUCACCAACUCCCCUUCUGUGUUUCAUGCAGCCAUUCUAGAGAGGGUCAAUUCUAGUGCCUGUGAAGAAUCCUGCAGGGCUCUUCCAGAGGGGAUGGAGUUCUGGAAUUCCAGGAGAAUCUCAGGAAGGUACAAUCCGAAGCUCAACGCCUCAACCACUGCCAGAAAGAUUGGUGGAAGACAAACUCCCUGUAGCUGCAAGCAGACCCGAAAUCUGUCCAACCUCUCAGCCCCGGAAAAAAAAAGACCAAGACUCUUUUUUGAGCAGAUAGGCGAAAACAUGGGAGGUGGGGGAGGGGGACGGCUGCUGAAUUGCAGCAGCUUCUGGAGCAAAGUUUUCCAGAAAUGUAGGAACUCUUUUUUUUUUAAGCUCAAAAACUGCCAAAGACAAGCACCCCACAAGGUGGCUCUGAGUUAGGUCGCCUCUCCCAAUUACAGACGUUUCCUCCUUCGCUGCAGGGCUGGGGGUGGGCGGGUGAUGAUGGGAUCGAUUUUCUGGAACUCAGCCGGCAUGAAUGUUUCCUUUGGGCUUAUAGAAAGCAGCUGGCCUUGUGUCCCUUGCCAACCCCUGUCUGCCCCCUAUUUCACAGAACCUGGCUUCGGGUUUGAAAGAAUCUGAGGGUAUUCAGACUCCAGACUGUCCUCAAACCCAGGCAGGAAGGAGCACAGGGUUUGGCCAAGGAGGAUGGGAUUCUGGACUCAGAUUUCAGGAACCCCUUGAGGCUUUUUGAAGGGGGUGAAGGUGGCUAGCUAUCUUUAUUGCAGACAACUCUGAUAGCAUCUCCUGUUUACCCAGAAGAAUGCAGACCCCUUUUUUAGUCUUCUCAGGGAGUUUUGAGGGAUCAUUCCCUAUUCAGCUGCUCCAGGUGGGGAAGAGGGAGGUAUGAAUUAAAAGUCCACAUCGCCAA